GGCGCGAGCGGAAAGACGCGCCCGCGCGGGGCAGCGACAAGAGGAAAGAAAAGAAAGAGGACGAGCGCGAGGCGAGGAGGAGAAGGCGAGCGCGCGCGCGAAAACUCCCGGCAGCACUUGCUCUUGGAUCCUCGGCUGCCCAUUGAACAGACACUGGAGAGCUGCAAGUCCCGGUCUCUUGGAUCAUUGCAGAACCACAAGGCCUUUCCUCGGUGCCGGCAGGAGGGAGCCCAUGUGCUGAGGACAUGAGUGCCGAGCAGCAGCUUGAUGCAGAUGGUGGCUCUGGUAUGGAAGAAGUGGAGUUAAGCUGGGAAGAUUACCUGGAAGAGACAGGCUCCACAGCUGUUCCCUACGGGUCCUUUAAACAUGUGGACACGCGCCUGCAGAACGGGUUCGCUCCAGGCAUGAAGCUGGAGGUGGCUGUGCGCACGGACCCUGAAGCCUACUGGGUGGCCACGGUCAUCACCACCUGUGAACAGCUGCUCCUCCUGCGUUAUGAUGGCUAUGGCGAGGACCGGCGGGCUGACUUCUGGUGUGACAUCAGGAAGGCCGGCCUCUACCCCAUCGGCUGGUGCGAGCAGAACAAGAAGCCUCUUGAAGCGCCGGAAGGUAUCAGGGACAAAGUGUCGGACUGGGCCGAGUUUCUGCGGCAGACCCUGACAGAUGCAUGCAGCCCCCCUGUUCCACUGCUAGAGGGCCUCCGUAAUGGAAGGAACCCAUUAGACCUCAUUGCCCCUGGGUCCAGGCUGGAGUGCCAGGCUUCCCGUGACACCCUCAGUGCCUGGAUUGUGACCGUUGUCGAGAACAUUGGUGGGCGGCUGAGGCUGUGCUACGAGGGCCUGCAGAGCUCUGACAGUCUGGAGCUUUGGCUGUAUUACCUGGACCCGUUUCUUCAUCACGUCGGCUGGGCUGCGCAGCAGGGAUAUGAGCUUCAGCCCCCUUUAGCCAUCAGACAUUUGAAAAAUGAAGAUGAAUGGCAUGAUAUUUUGGCCAAAGUGAAAGAGGAGGAAGAAGAGCCAUUGCCGUCUUACUUGUUUAAGGACAAACAGAUUAUUGGCAUUCACACGUUCUCUGUAAAUAUGAAGUUGGAAGCUGUGGACCCCUGGGCUCCUUUUGGGAUCUCCCCAGCUACAGUUGUGAAGGUUUUUGAUGACAAGUACUUUCUGGUGGAAAUGGACGACUUGCGGCCCGAGAACCAUACGCGGCGGUCAUUCGUGUGCCACGCCAACAGUCCUGGCCUCUUCCCUGUGCAAUGGAGUCUGAAGAAUGGUGUCCACCUCAGCCCCCCUCCGGGCUACCCAAGCCAGGACUUCGACUGGGCUGACUACCUCAAACAGUGUGGUGCUGAAGCUGCUCCGCAGAGGUGCUUCCCCCCGUCCAUUUCCGACCAUGAGUUUCAGGAGAACAUGAAGCUUGAGGCAGUGAACCCUCUGCUCCCUGAAGAAGUGUGUGUCGCCACCAUCACCGCGGUGAGAGGCUCCUACCUGUGGCUGCAGCUGGAGGGUUCUAAGAAACCCAUUCCUGAAUGUAUCGUGAGUGUGGAAUCCAUGGACAUAUUCCCUUUGGGCUGGUGUGAGACCAACGGCCAUCCGCUUAGCACCCCUCGCCGAGCACGAGUACAUAAACAGAGGAAAAUUGCAGUGGUUCAACCAGAAAAGCAAGUGCCAUCCUCGCGGGCUGUCCAUGAAGGCCUGAAGAGCCAGGAGCUGAACUCUGCAGACUCGGUUAUGAUUAAUGGAAAAUACUGCUGUCCAAAGAUCUACUUCAACCAUCGCUGCUUCUCAGGGCCAUACCUGAACAAAGGCAGGAUUGCUGAGCUGCCUCAGUGUGUGGGGCCUGGAAACUGUGUGCUGGUCCUCAGAGAGGUGCUCACCUUACUCAUCAACGCAGCCUACAAGCCCAGCCGCGUCCUGCGGGAGCUCCAGCUAGACAAAGACUCUGUGUGGCACGGCUGUGGGGAAGUCCUGAAGGCCAAAUAUAAAGGAAAAAGUUAUCGUGCAACUGUGGAAAUAGUGAAAACAGCAGACCGCGUGACUGAGUUCUGCCGACAAACAUGUAUCAAAUUGGAAUGCUGUCCUAACCUCUUCGGUCCACGAAUGGUUCUGGAUAAGUGUUCUGAAAACUGCUCUGUGCUCACCAAGACCAAAUACACACACUAUUAUGGAAAAAAGAAAAAUAAAAGAAUUGGAAGGCCACCUGGGGGGCAUAGUAACUUAGCUUGUGCCCUGAAGAAAGCCAGUAAGAGAAGAAAGAGGCGGAAAAACGUAUUUGUUCACAAGAAGAAGCGCUGCUCGGCAUCUGUGGACAACACCCCAGCAGGCUCUCCCCAGGGAAGUGGGGGUGAAGAUGAGGAUGACCCCGAUGAAGGGGAGGACGACUCGCUGAGUGAUGGCAGCACUUCGGAGCAGCCAGACGAGCUCCAGGAGGAGUCAGAGACAUCCGAGAAGAAGUCCUGCUCAUCCUCCCCAGCCCAGAGUGAGGUGUCUGCCUCGCUGCCCACUGACAGACAGGCCCGGCAGAGGGGGCUGCGUGCACUCUCCUUCUCUGAUGAUGAGAACAAACCCCCCUCACCAAAGGAGAUACGGCUCGAAGUGGCUGAGCGGCUGCGCCUGGACAGCAACCCACUGCAGUGGAGCGUGGCAGACGUAGUACGGUUCAUCAGGUCCACUGACUGUGCCCCGUUAGCACGGAUCUUCCUAGACCAGGAGAUCGACGGGCAGGCUCUGCUGCUCCUCACGCUUCCCACCGUGCAGGAGUGCAUGGACUUAAAGCUGGGCCCUGCCAUCAAGCUCUGCCAUCACAUAGAGAGGAUCAAGUUUGCUUUUUACGAGCAGUUUGCCAACUGAGGAGGACAACCAAAGCGAGCUGCAUCUGUGAAGCACAAUGGGCACGGCCCCAGCCUGCCCUCGCUGCGGCCUGCCCUGCACCAUGGCCUGCCCUGCUGGCCUGUCUUCAGGCUUGGGCCCGAGGGGGCCAGCCUGCUCUCUUUGCACUUUCAGGGAAGGAGGACCCACAUCGAGGAAGCAAGGACUGUGCCUGGAAGUGGCUCUCCCGCCAGUGGUCAUGUGCGUGGAGUGGCCUGGGGGACGCACCCGCCCAGGCUGCCAGAGAGCACCUUUUGGCGGGCUUCCUUUUCUUGGUGUCCCUUCCCGUCGGAGGUUGGACGUGUUCUCUGCUUUCUCGCUUGGAAAGAGAGGACGUAGCUUUAAACCGGCGCUGACUUGGACUGUGCCUCAGGCACACCAGUGCCUCCUUGUCCUUGUGUUUUUAAGCUUUUUUAAAUUAAAACCGUUCACUUUGGGGAUGCCUGUGGCUCUAGGGUUUUGAAUGUACGGU